AAGUGUGGGCUACUUACUGGGUGACGUCAAACGUGACGAAUAUACGGACGGUGCCUAAAAUGAUGGAGACAAAUCUUUGAGUAGCACUCGAAGAUACCAUAAUAAGAGAAUAAUUUAUAAUUCCAUUCUUACAGAUAAAGUGUCAUUUUCGGUGUAGAGACAGAAAAUAGGGCGGGAAAUUCGUUUCAUUCAAGUGCAGCCUGGUUAUCAAUGGCAACGCAAGAUGGCUGCUGAUGGCUUCACUUCUCACGGAGGUGUACCAGGGUCUGGACAUCAUCACAAACAAGGUGACCGCCAAGGAGCGCGCCCAAUGUCGGCAUCACAUGAUCAGCUUUGUGGACCCGUUGGUUAGCAACUACACGGUGGUGGACUUCAGGAACAAAGCCGUUUCUCUAAUAGAUGACAUGCAUCGCCGGAAUAAACUGCCGAUCAUUGUUGGAGGAACAAACUACUACAUUGAGUCCCUGCUGUGGCGAGUCCUACUAGACGCUGGGGAUUUGGGUGACGGCGAUGAUGGAGACACAGACAGGAAGUUGGAACUCGAGAAACUCGGGGGAGCGGAAUUGCACAGGCGACUGAUGGAAGUGGACCCUGAAAUGGCCGCCAUGCUGCACCCCAAUGACAAGCGCAAAAUUGCCAGGAGCCUGCAGAUCCACCACGAAACGGGCAUUCCUCACAGUUCCUGGCUGGAGGAACAGCGAGGCCAGGAGGGCGGUGACGGCCUCGGGGGCCCGCUAAGGUACCGGGACCCUUGCAUCUUUUGGCUCCACGCCGACAUGGACGCUCUGGACGAGCGUCUGGACGCUCGCGUCGAUGAGAUGUUGUCGGUCGGGUUGAUCGAGGAGCUCAGGGACUUCCAUGUCCGCUUCAAUCAGAAGAAAGUGCAAAAUGACAGUCAGAACUACCAACACGGGAUAUUCCAGUCGAUUGGUUUCAAAGAGUUCCACGACUACCUGACGGCUCCUGAAAACAGCAGCCAGCAGGAAAGAGAGACACUCCGAAACAGAGGCGUAGAAGCUUUGAAGACUGCUACGAGGCGCUACGCUCGCAAGCAAAAUAAAUGGGUCCGCAACCGCUUCCUGAAACGACCCGGAGAAGGCGUGCCAGCUGUCUAUGGCCUGGAUGUGACGGAUGUGGCGAGAUGGGAGGAGACCGUGCUGAACCCUGCACUGCAGAUACUGGACAGUCUCUGCAAGGGUGAGAAACCUUCUACUGAACCAAUCAGAGUACAGCGGGCAGAGCUAAGGAAUAAACGAAGCCGGCAUACCUGCGACCCGUGCGACAAGGUGAUCAUCGGUGACCUGGAGUGGGCCGCUCACCUCAAGUCCAAGAAGCAUCACUUCCACGUCAGGAAGAAGCUCAAGUCCGAUGCCGCGGGUCACAAUGGCGCUCAGCGUCGCGUUUUGAUUCCCGCGUUAGACAAGCACACUCGGACAAACCCGUCGGAAUCCUCAGAAGAAGCACACUAAGGAAGCGGCUUUGACACCCCCCC